CUGACGGAAGUGUCCACCGUGUACCUCCCCCACACCCUGACCCCCACCCCUCGGUACGGACUGGGCACUGGCUCAGUGGAACAGCUGGCAUAUCACCACGAGACCAGGCUCAUCUACGUCACAGGAUCUGGAGUAUUCCACGUGGUCAACGCCACCGACCCCACCAACCUGGUGCGGGAAUUCUCCAUAAUGACCGAGAACGUGGACUUCACUGACGUGGCGGUGUGCGGCGACGUGGUGUUUGUUACGGUAAAGAACCUUCAGGUCAAAGGACGGGGCCAGCUCCAGGUGUACAAUCUGUUUGACCCCGUGAACCGGGAGAUAACACUCAUUCGCUCUAUUGAAGUUGGCUCUUUGCCGGACAUGCUGCAGGCCAGAUCUGACUGCAACACCGUGGUUAUCGCCCUUGAGGCAGAGCGGUACCUGGAUGCUUCUGGAGCUUUCCACGACCCAGAAGGAGCAGUUGUGACGGUCAAGUUUCCCGACGGUCCGCGCGGCUCGGCACAACCUGUGGUCACCACACUGGACUUCCGGAAAUAUAAUCAACGCUUCGACAUGCUGGAGCCCAGUGGCGUCAGGUUCGUCUACCGCGACAACAACAACAGCUUCAGCAACGAUGUCGAGCCCGAGUUCGUGACACUCGAUGAAAAAUCCGAAAAGGCCUACGUAUGUUUACAGGAGAACAACGCGAUCGCCGUGGUGGAUCUUAAGUCAGAGAACAUCGAACAUGUGUACGGUCUGGGGUUCAAACACUGGGGCCAUUUCGACGCUAGCAACAAGGACGAAGGUAUCCAGAUCUCCUACUGGCCUAUCCGGGCCUGGUACCUGCCGGACGCCAUCCUGUUCUACACCUUCCAGGGGAGACGACUCAUCUUCUCCGCCAACGAGGGCGACGCGAAGCAGUACUCGGACUUCGACGAGAUAGAGCGUGGCAAGAAGUUGAAGAUGUGUGGGACGCUGACCAGGGCAUGACCCAGAUCUACGACAGUGGCAGUCACAUAGAGGAGAGCACCGCCCUGCACUGCCCGCAUCUCUUCAACAUGGACGGCAACGACGAACAGCCGGACUCACGCUCUGACGAUAAGGGGCCCGAAACAGAGUCCUUGGCCUUGGCAGAGGUCAGAGGUCGCCUGUAUGUGUUUGUGGGGAACGAGCGACCAGGAACCAUCAGCGUUUACAGGUACCUCUCAGAAGAAGAGAGUCCCGCGCCCUACCCUGUUCUGCUGGUGGCUGGGACCGUUUCUGGAACUGUGAGCAUCGUGCGCGUCAACAUCACAGAUGAACCUGGGGAUAGCGACCCUAAGCCACCCAGCAAUGGAAACACAUACGCUGUGAGUGUGUGGGUUCUUGCUGCAUCUCUCUUGGUCACGUGGUUCAAGACAAGGGAAAUAACCGCUUAAGCUGGACACAGGCAUAGGGCGAUCUAAUAAUCUUGGCGCAGGUGUAGGGCGAUCUAGAGAAAGGAGCUGGUUGUCCGGACGAAUAGUGCUGAACUCGCACGCAUGUAACAGAUACAUUGAACACAUACAAACACACACACACAUAUACACACAUACACAUAUUAACAUAGACACACGUUAACACACACACAGACACCCAAAUACUCUCACACACACAUUCACGCGCGCUCACACACACACACACACACACACACACACACACACACACACACACACACACAAGGAACGCACACCUGUUCCCCACCUUUCCUUUCCUAUGUCGAUCUACAAUUUCUACCCUUCCUCUGUCUUUAUCGUAUAGCUCGCCCACUUCAUGGGCCGUUGAGGUUCAAAUCUGUAUUUGUUGGUUCCUUUGGAAAAUUGCCCAACUGAAUCGCUAUCAUUGGAAAACUAAAAAUAAAAUCUAUGGUACCGUAUAGGAAAUGUAAGGAAUUUUUCUUGAGUCUCACGCAAUAUUACUGACGAAUACAUACGUUUUGGAUACCACUAAAUAUUCCGUAGUAAACUAGUGACAGUAUAAGUUAUGGACGUGACUAAAUGACCUAAUAUACUAGUGAUUACAUACAUUCCAGGAGGCACUAGCCUAAAUACGAUGAAAUAUACUGAUGAUGACAUAAGUUCUGGUUGUCACUAAAUAUGACGUAAUAUAAAAUAUUGGCGAUUUCAAAGUUGUGCGUGUCACUAGAUAUGAUGUAAUACAAUGGUGAUUACAUACAUACCGGGUGUCACUGUAUGCCACGCUGUAAACGUAAUAUGCUGAUGGUGACAUUAGCUCUCUUUGUCCCUGAACUAGAUGUUACAGACUGAUAGUGACAUUAACUUGGGUUGAUAUCCUGAGGAAUAUUAAAAUGCAAAUACCUGUGUGGAAACUUUGACUAUUAUUGUCGUCAUAAUUGCAUAAUUUACUGGCUGUGGGAAAGCUGCAAAUGCCAGAUAUAUAUAUAUAUAUUUAUACAUAUUAUACAUACAAAUAUUAAUUAAGACUUCGACGUGCCUUUACUUAUUUACUUAUUAAAAAAAAAUCUUUUCUGUCCUGUUGUGUCUCCAAGUGUCGAAGGUAGGUGCAAAUUGUUGGACGUGGGUCGGCUGUAUUGCUAAUUGGAUAGUCAUGUUGUUCCAUUGGAUUGGAGGGUUUCUGUGACUCUGUGGAUCCAUCUUUUUCUCUUGGUCUGUCUUUUGCCUUAAAGAAAUCGAAUCUCAUGUUGUGGACCUUUGAUACUGGCUGUUGUGACCCCAUUCUCAUAAAGUGUUCAAAUAA